AAUUUGCAUGAACCCCCCGGAAAUCGAAAAUAUUUUCGAAUCAGUCUCGCUUGGAUCUAAAUGCAAUUUUCGUCACAGCUUAUCCGUUCCCUCUUCGCCAUGGGACGCAAUGGCCGCGCUCCCGCCCACGCCUCGGCCUCGGGUCCUCGCGGCGGCGCCGUGCCACGUGCCUUCGCGCCGCCGCCGCCGCGUGUGCGAUGGGCUAUGCUCGGCGGCGGCGGCGGAUAAUGGCUGCGCCGAGUCACCGGAUGUCGUUCUCGAGUGCAAGCGGCUGAACAGGCUCGUGAAGUCCGGGAGGCUGGCGGAUGCUCUCGACCUGUUCGACCGAAUGCCGAGGAAGAACGUCGUCGCGUGGACCUCGGUCAUGUCCGGGUACACGCGCAACGGGCGCCCCGAGGCGGCCCUAGCGAUGUUCGCGGACAUGGUGGAGUCCGGCGUCGCGCCGAACGACUUCGCGUGCAACGCGGCGCUGGUGGCGUGCGCCGACCUUGGCGCGCUCCGCGCCGGGGAGCAGGUGCAUUCGCUCGCCGUUCGGGCGGGGUUCGCCGGCGACGCGUGGAUUGGGAGCUGCUUGAUCGAGAUGUACUCGCGGUGUGGCUCCUUGCCGGCGGCCAAGGAAGUGUUCGACCGGAUGGAUUCACCUGACGUGGUUGGGUACACUUCGCUCAUCUCGGCAUUCUGCCGGAACGGCGAGUUUGAGCUAGCGGCGGAGGCUUUGAUCCAGAUGUUGAAGCAGGGAUUGAAGCCAAAUGAGCACACAAUGACAACCAUUUUGACGGCAUGCCCAAGGGUUCUCGGUCAGCAGAUACAUGGGUAUUUGAUCAAGAAAAUUGGUUUGCGGUCGCAGAGCGUCUACUCGUCGACUGCACUGAUCGAUUUCUAUUCGAGAAACGGUGAGUUCAAACUGGCAAAGGCGGUUUUUGACAGUCUCCACUGCAAGAACGUGGUUUCAUGGUGCUCCAUGAUGCAGCUAUACAUCAGAGAUGGAAGGCUGGAAGAGGCAUUGCAAGUGUUCGGUGAUAUGAUUUCAGAGGGUGUUGAUCCUAACGAGUUUGCACUAUCAAUUGUUCUUGGAGCUUGUGGAUCCAUUGGUCUGGGGCGUCAACUGCACUGCUCAGCAAUCAAGCACGAUUUAAUCACAGAUAUCCGGGUGUCGAAUGCUCUACUGUCAAUGUAUGGUAGAACUGGUCUUGUCGAAGAACUGGAGGCCAUGCUCAACAAGAUUGAAAAUCCUGAUCUUGUUAGCUGGACCACUGCUAUUUCUGCAAACUUCCAAAAUGGUUUUGGUGAGAAGGCCAUAGCAUUGCUUUGUCAGAUGCAUUCAGAAGGAUUCACACCAAAUGGCUACGCCUUCUCCAGUGUGCUGAGUUCUUGCGCAGACGUGGCAUCUCUGGAUCAAGGAAUGCAGUUCCAUUGCCUGGCUCUGAAACUGGGAUGUGACUCCGAAAUCUGCACCGGAAACGCACUGAUCAACAUGUACUCCAAGUGUGGUCAGAUGGGCUCUGCAAGGCUUGCAUUUGAUGUCAUGCAUACUCAUGAUGUUACAUCUUGGAACUCGCUGAUUCAUGGCCACGCACAGCACGGUGAUGCAAACAAGGCACUGGAGGUAUUCAGCAAGAUGCGUUCCAAUGGCAUCAAGCCAGAUGAUUCGACAUUUUUGGGAGUCUUAAUGGGUUGCAAUCACUCUGGUAUGGUAGAGGAAGGAGAGCUGUUCUUCAGACUGAUGAUCGAUCAGUACAGCUUCACGCCAGCACCUUCUCACUACGCUUGCAUGAUCGACAUGCUGGGCCGAAACGGCAGAUUCGACGAGGCACUGCGCAUGAUCAAUGACAUGCCCUUCGAGCCUGAUGCCCUGAUAUGGAAGACGCUGCUGGCAUCUUGCAAGCUGCACAGGAAUCUGGACAUAGGGAAGCUUGCUGCAGACAGGCUGAUGGAGCUUUCAGACAGAGACUCCGCGAGCUACGUGCUGAUGUCGAACAUCUACGCCAUGCACGGAGAAUGGGAGGACGCCAGGAAGGUGAGGAGGAGGAUGGACGAGACCGGCGUCAAGAAGGACGCCGGCUGCAGCUGGAUUGAGAUCAACAACGAGGUGCAUACGUUUGCUUCAAGAGACAUGUCUCACCCGAACUCUGAUUCCAUAUAUCAGAUGCUAGGAGAGCUUGUUGCCGUGAUGCAAGAUUUUGACGAACUUGAACCGUUUGAUGUACAUAUAUGCUGAUUUAGAUGCCACUCCAGAUAGUAUCAAAGAAAGUAAAGUUUCUUUCUUUUCGGAUCAAGAAAGUUUUAUGUGCUGUGUUUGCUAAAUAAAAGAUGUAUACCAAUUUUAUUUAGGUAAGGGGAGGGCGUAUGAUCAAAUUGCCCUUGUGUAUAUAUCAAAGCCCAAAGGUUUCCUCUUUUGGCAGGCGGCACCACUCCUCCUCAUCUUCCUCCAUUAAUAGCGGCGGCGGCAGGAGGACGCACGUUGCCGCGGUGCCGCCUUCACUUCUUCCCCAACACCAACAGAUCGAGAAUCAUGGUUUUCCAAUGUUGCUUUACUGCCAUGGGAAAGAUGCGGAAAUCUAAGAGGACGGCUGAUAUAAUCUCACAAGAAGCUCCAAGAACGAAGGAGAGAUAAGCAGUACUAAGUCAUUGAUCUCAGGCGACUUAAAUUCGGGCUCUAAUCAAGAUGUCUGGGCUAUUCUCAGUGUUGAAGUUGCAUCAAAUUUGUCUAAAAGCGUUGUCUCACUCACCUUGUCUGAUGGAAACACACUGAUAUAUGCAUGCUCGGGCAUAGCUAUCGAGUGCCAGGAGGGGUCUGGUACAAUUUUCCUGACCUCGGCUAGUUUGGUAACAGCUUUCUAUGAUACUGAAGAAGUCUAUGAUAACUUAAAGAUUGAAGUGCGCCAUGAAGGCAAUGAAGUGCUCAAGGGUUAUUUGGCAAAAUAUGAUUUAGACAAGAACUUUGCUGUUGUCUACACCAUGGAAUCUCUUGAUGUUCAUAUUGUACUUACCGAAAAUUCGAGGGAUAGGUAUAUCAACAAAAAGUUAGUAGCUGUAGGGCGUGACAAACAUGGCGUAUUAAUGGCCAAAAGUGUGAUGGUGGCUGGUUGUCGUGAUUCAAACAGAUCUGAAGAUAGCAAAGAAAUUAGGUUGAUCUCUGAGGACUGGGAAGGUGGACCGCUUUUUGAUUUUGAUGGGAAAUUUGUUGGCAUGAAUCGUUUUUCGGUUAUGGAUAGAACAUCUGUCCUGUCAUGGGUCUCAAUUCUCAUUAUUUUGAAGCAUUAUUUGCCAUCCCUGCAAAACAGGAUUCUUAAACGGUUACAAAAUGUCAAAAGAGUCAGGGAUGGAGAGAGACCCACAGGUGAGCUACCUGACUAUCAUCAAGAAGGUGAGCACAGUGCCAUAGUGCCAUACCUUGGCACCACCAAACAUGCAUGCAAAUUUUGGUUGUAUGUAAUGGUAUCUAUUUUUAAUAUUAGCUUUUACAUUUGAACUUUCUAAUUUUACAUGAACUUAUCGCAUUUAGUUAGUGUAUCUCAGCGCUAAUCACUUGGCCUUGUGCAGCACCAGUACAUAGAUGUGGUCUCAACACAGAACAGUUUGGGUAUCUAAACUCCAUGGGUUAUCCCAAGCCGCCAAUAAAUGUGUUAGACGAUGGUAUGAUUUUGGCUAAUUCUUUUGAAGAGACUUUUGGAGAUUUAUGUGGUGAAGAUCUUUGGAGUGAAAUCAAUAAAAAGGUUCCUUGUGACAUACAUCAAAAUGUUGUUGCACUUGCUUCAUUCAAAGGAAAAAGGAGGUCUUUUGCAUGCACGGUUUCUUUAUUGAAUGGAAGGGAUGUACAACUAUUCUGACAUCUGCGAGCUUGGUUAGAGAGUCUGAUGAUGGAAACAAGAUUGAUGAAAACUUGAGGAUUGAAGUGUUGCUUCCAAACAAACAACUUAGAGAAGGAACACUACAGCAUUAUAGUUUACACUACAAUGUUGCUCUAGUGAGUGUUAAGGACAAGGAUUUCCAUGCUCGUCCAGCAAAUAUUCAGCUUGAUCAUAAUCAUGGACCUGGAGUAGCAGCCGUAGGGCGUUGCUUCGAAUCAGGCAAAUUAAUGGCUGCACGGACGGAUGUUGUUGAUUGGUCGGGCACACUUGAUUGUGAGAUGUUCCUUAUACGUUCCUCAUGCAAAAUCACUAAGGGAUUGGAGGACCUCUUGUUGACUUAGAAGGGAAAGUUAUUGGCAUGAACUUCUAUGAUAAGAAGAUAGGAACCCCUUGCCUGCCAUGGAAUGUGAUUCUCAUGGUUCUGGCAUGUUUUGAGAAAGAAAAGUAUUCGUAGAUUUCUUUUCUUUUUUUUUGGUUAUUUAAGUGCUUGCAAUAAAAUCUAUUCGAUUGUGUGUUUGACAGUAGCGGUGGUGAAGUUGGCAGUGGUAGUGAUCCAUGUGGUGCGCCUGGCUGGAAAAUCCCUCGAGAUGAGAGUGUCAGGCUAAACAGGUGGCCUGUGCCCCUGCCAUAUUGGCGUCCUCAUGACGAUGUGGAUGAACAAGAACCCCCAGAAGGCUGUGAGCACAUCUACACAUACAUAAAUGGUGAAAGAUAUUGUUACAGGUAGAAUCUGCUUCUUCUACUCUGUCUGUUGGAUCUACUACGACGCCGUUUGCUAGCGGAGCUUGCUGCCGUGAUUCAAGAUUUUGAUGAGCUUGAACUGUUUGAUGUACAUAUGCAGAUUUAGACGCCAGAUGUAAUAUAUAUUACUAAAGAAAGUUUAUUCGAAUCAA